AAAUUAUUUCUGUGUGAUUGACGUCACAUAGUUUGGAUAGGUACGUAUCUUGCACUUCAAUCAGCCCUAUAGACACAGUUUGAGAUAACCAUUUGACAAAUCAUAACCAUUAUCACAUUUGUGACAUGGAGCAAAAGUGGCAGUGCCAGGCAAAUUCAUCAAUGGCAGAGUUGAUGGCAUCACGGGCAUACUGCUGCUUUAAGUGCCAGAACCUUGUUGCUUUCCAUGAUGAUAUUGUUUCUAAAGAUUUCCAGGCAAGCAAUGGCAGAGCUUUUUUAUUCUCUCACGCAAUGAACAUUAUUUUGGGUCCUAAAGAGGAUAGGCAACUUAUCACUGGUCUUCACACAGUGGCUGAUGUGUAUUGCUCUGACUGUGGAGAGGAACUUGGUUGGAAAUAUAUUAAAGCUUAUGAGGAAACACAGAAGUACAAAGAAGGAAAAUGCGUACUAGAGAAGUUCAAGAUAAUCAAGGGCAAUGGAUAGUAAAUUUUUUUUACCAUUUUGGAUCCAAGCCAUCAGAUUUUAAUUGUUCAUAGGCUGAUUGUGAAUUUCUUGCAAAGAUCAUAGGGGAAGAAAUUGAAUUUGUUCAAAUUUCAAAACAUUAUUUUAGUAGUUACUCUAAAAAAUUUCUAAAUGAAAUAAGUUACAUGAUUUCUCCCCUAGUGUGAACAGUUAAUUGGUCCUUUUUCAUGUUGUACAAAAGAUUCUUUUCAAGAAAAUUACAAAGGUCAUUCAUUGGUAUU